UAAGAUAUUUUUACUCUUUUUCUCAAUUCAUUUCUGUUCUCGUGUUUGUCAGCGUUCAGAAAUACGUCGUUUAUGCUUGUAAUCGAUCUCAAGGGGCGUUGUCUUAUUUUUAACGCGACUUUCUGCGGCUCGCUGGGGUUUUUCUUUUUAUAAUCAAACUGAGAGACAAACUGUGUUUAAAUACGUGGAAUUUCCAGCUGAAUUUAGUCACAUGCAAACUCUUUUUACAUAAGCUUCAGUUUUUUUUCUGAAAUGUUACCGGCUAGUGUUUGAUUUCAAAAGUGCCAAGCGCGUUUUUUGUAAAAAAAACUGUAAGCUUUUACAAUCUUUCAAGGCCUCGCCAUAUCCGGAUCAUCCAGGCGAAUGAUGUUUGGAUGAUGGGUGCUUUGUAAAUACAGCCUGAAUUGUAUGCUGGAUUUAUUAUUUAUCAACAUGAAGACUGGCGAGGAAAAAGUUUUUAAACUUGACACCACCAUCAUAUUUAUGCCACUAAGAAGAGUCAAACUCUGCACUUAUGGGGUGUUUGUAAUGUGUUGGUGUCAGGUAUGUGGCCCUUAAAGGCACCCGUAUGUAUGGCCACGUGUCCAGAUUAUUGUGUCUGGAGAAUUACGACGUUCAGGUGGUAUCAAAUACGUUAGUCUCAAACUGUUUUGCUUUGUCUUCAUAGAGCAUGAAGUAAAAACCGGGGCUAUACCAAAGUGAUUUACUUUCGCAUUGGCUAAAAUUCCCUUUCAGGAGUACCAAAAAUGCGACUAUGCAGGGACAGUCCUCCUUGGGUGUUUUUCCAAUCCUAAAAACAUGAAGAAUUCCUCAUGUUUGCAGAACAUCGAUACAGCCUAUGGGUCUGAAAAGUGAAGCAAACAUGACUGUGAAAACUGUUCCACGAAUCAAUGAUGGCAGAGUCAUCAAACAGGAGAAAAGCCUCCUCACGAGGUCUUCUCAGCAAUUAUCGGUAUCUGUGUAAAAAAGCCAUGGUGCUCUGCGCCAUGGAGAAUGCAAGAGCCAGGAAGAGGCAUCAGGAAAAGAGGAUAAUCGCCAACAUGAAGAUGAAAAGAACGGACGCCCACCAUGAAUCACUUGAUACAAACGUAUUGAUCAAAAGGUCUAAAAUGAGCGCUCCAGAACAGGAAAAUCAAAGCACUUUGAACUCUGAAAGCACUGAUCUAUCCAAACAUACAUCAGUGUCUGGAACAGCUAACCACCACUCUGUCAUUGCGGCCCUUGGAGAUCGCUGGGAGAUGGACAGUGGCUUCUCCUCUGAAGCCAGUCCUCCAGCCAGUGGUCGAAGUUCGCCGUGUUUCAGCUCCUGCCCGACUACAGUGGUGGCAUUGGACUGUGAGAUGGUGGGGACAGGGUCUGGAGGACGUUGCAGCGAGCUGGCCCGCUGCAGCAUCCUGGACUAUCAUGGGAACGUGCUGUAUGAUAAAUACGUGAAACCCUGUCAGCCUGUCACAGACUUCAGGACUCGCUGGAGCGGCAUCCGAAGGCAUCAUCUCCUCAACGCCACACCCUUCAUUCAAGCCAGAGAAGAGAUCCUCAGUAUACUUGAAGGCAAAGUGGUCGUGGGCCACUCCAUCUAUAAUGACUUUGAGGCACUGGACAUGGUUCAUCCCUGUCACAUGGUCAGGGACACGAGUACAACGCGUCUCCUCAGCCGGUUGGCCGGUUUCCCCAGUAAAUGCUGUCCCUCCCUCAGAACGCUGGCAAAUAAGCUGCUGAACAGGAGCAUACAGCUUGGGAAGCGAGGACAUUGUUCAGUGGAGGAUGCUCAGGCUGCGCUCGACCUCUACAAGCUGGUGGAGGGGGAGUGGGAGCAGGAGGUGCAGAACAAGCUGAGGGAUGACGACGCUCCACUCGAGCCAAGCUUCUCCUCAUCAAAGCACUACAUGCAGGACGAGUACUGGCCGGAUGACAUCAUUGCUGAUGGCUAAUAGCAGAAAAGUAAUGGUGGGACAGUGGGAAAUACCUCAGCAGGCUCCUUUUGCGUGAUGAUGUUCGUAGUCAUCAGAGCAGGUUCAGAGAGUUAAUGGAAGUCCGAUCUGAAUGAAUGUUAGAAAUGUUAAAUUGAAGGUGUCCUGAAUCACUUUGGAGAGAAAUGCCUUUAAAAUGUGGAACAAAAACACUUUCUAACUUAUUGCGUUUAACAUGUUAAACAUGUUCAGAGCUUCUAACAAACGAUUUUUGGUUGUCUGUAGAAAUGGUUGAUCAAAUUAGUCGUUCCAGACUUGAUUGUAUUUAUAAAGUAAGAGUUGGUGCUCUUGCGUUUGAGGUUUGCAGUUCUCUAACAACUAUCUGCUCUUACUUGAAAAAUUCAUCUAUUAAUUGGAAAAGAUGACAUAAAUGUAGCUGUUCUUGAAAACACAAGAUGAAUGACUGCUUUUGAAAUGUUAGUUACCGCCUUGAUAGAAAAACUUGGAAAUCACAAAUAUUACUAUGAGCUGAUAUUGGUCAUGUGGACUGAUUUUAGCAGGGUUCGGUUAGUAUUUUGAUCAUCUCACAUUGUAAGCUGCUCUGAAAUGUCCUAAUAAAACUGCAUCAUGUUUAAAAACAAAAAGUCCCAUUGUUUGAUAUUAGUGCUUGUGAGGAUAAUUUUAGAAGUUCACAAUGCAGACACCUCCAGCCUCACUAAAGUCAUUCCCUGAUGAUGAAAGACCUUUACUGUACAUUCUUCUUUCAGGUUGGUUUCCUAAGCACACUGUGUCAUAUCAGUUCAGGUUGUGGGUUUCUGUUAGCACCAGUAGCAUUACAUAAUGAAAUCUCACUUUAAGUGUUGGGAAAUAAUUUGGGGAUCAUUCAGACCUACUAUUAAGUGUCACAAAUACAGGCUCAGCAUGUGAAACGAUGUGAUGGCACCCUGGCCAAAUAGGUUACAAAAUCCCUUCCAUAACCUGGCCCAGUAUCCUCAUUUAACUUGGCAAAAGCUGUUUUUAGAGGAUAAGCCAAACAAAAGGAAACAUACUUGUUUCCAGACAGCGAUUUAACUAAUGUGCACAAUUUACUUUAUGUAGGUGAGUGCAUUAAGCUGCAGGUGGAGCUGUACAUAUGUUUUUACAUCUCAUGCUUUAAUUCUCAAGCAUCUUUAUACACACAUAUACACAAAUGCACACACCUAAAGGCUGGACUUGGCCCUAAAGCUCAGGCAACAAGGGAAGAACAGAGCAUAGCAUUGUUUGCACAAUCCAUCUAAUUUUGCGCCACAAAUCGCUUUAUUGAGCAGAUCAGACCUGAAUUAGCAGAUUACUGGUUGGUUGGCUGCCUGCACCUUCGUCAUAGCAUCAUCAGUGACGUUAACACGGUCGGGGUCAUUCUGUUUAGCUAAAACACAAGAUUAUUCAUGUUUGAACAGAGAAAUGAAAUCGCCAAUAAUUUUUUUUUUUGAUCAUGCUUCACUGUGCUGCAUAAAGAUAACUUUAGACAUUGGUCUCGCAAAAUGAAGAAAGUGACUGUUUCAUGCAAAGUUGUGUGCGUGAGAACUAAUCAGAUCACAGAGCAGUGUGGAAAGUUUAAGAUCUUCUGUGGCCGCACAUACGUCUACAGGCCUGUGGGCUUGUGUGUGCAGAUAUGCAAGAAAAUGGUGUAUAUUUUGAACCUUAUUCAUUAUCUUAGCUGCUUCCUUUAUUCCAUACGUGUGACAUACCCAAUAGAGAAAAGAUGUCUGACAGUUUUUGCUUUUAUUUUUUGCUCUUGGUCAUCUUUCGGUUAUAGCAAUAAGAUUUCCUGAGUAUUUCACGUGUAAAAGCAACAUUCAGAGGAUGAUCAACCAUAUGAACCUUUUGAAAUGUUACCUACAGAUGAAGGCGAUACACUAAACAUCGCAAGAAAAUACAAUCACAGAGUUAUGCAAAAUUGGCCAGCAAUUUCUGCAUCAACUUCCUCAGAUUAGUAACCACUCUUCUAUAUAAAAUUCACUUCCUUGGAUAAUGUUUCGAGUGCACUUGAGUUUAUUAUCCUGUUCCAAGACAGCUUCAGAGCGUGCACAGAUGGCCUCCCAUGACCCUUAAACACUAUUUCGAGUUGCUGAGCCACUGAAACAACUAGAGACACAUUUCCACUCCCAUGCAUUACUAUUUUUACAGCACAUCAUUUUCCAAAAUGUGUAUUCUUUGCACGUACUGUAUGUUUAGUGGAAAAGUGUGUUUUGGUACAAGAAAGGUUUUUUUUUUUUCUUGGCACACCUAUAAUGCACCUCAAACUUUGCAGUCUCUGAUCGUGAACACAUGUACUUUGAGACCAAAAGUUGUAAUAGUUACCUGCAGGUACCCCGAGAUAAUUUUGGGGUUCUUGGAGACUGUUUUCCAUCAGACGAUCUGCACUUAGGGAUAAAAUUACUGGGAUGGGAAAUCAAACUGCCUGCAGUUUGAAAGAUAAACCUCUUGUAGAUGAUCUUUCUUAUAGUAGUUAAAAAACAUUUUACUAAUUCAUGGACAUUAAAAUGUUUUGUCUGAAGGCCUUUAAGAGUUCUUUAGGUUUUGGUAUGAUGAUAGCACAGAGUUCAAUUGAAAGCAACCCCUUGAUUUUUAAAUAAAGUUAAAUGUCAUUAGCACGAUGGAACCCCAUAUUCUAAGGUGUCAUGGGUUUACGGGGGGUUUUGGGAUUUCCAAAGAACUCCCAUAAAGUUCAUUCUGUUCAUCUGGACGUAGAGUUUUCAGUGGGAGAAAUGUUUCGUCACCCAUCCAAGUGACUUCUUCAGUCUCAGCUGACUGCAGGUUUCCCCAACCUUAUAAACAUAAUAUUUGCAUAACGACUGAAACUAGCUCCCUGGCAAACAACGGGCUGUGAGGUCAGUUUCUUGAUCAUUAAUAUUUU